UUCGACACAGGUUCCAUAGGUCCCGUAACUGAAAUGAUUCAAUUCUUCCCUGUAUCCCCUUCCAUACAAGGUUUAGUAGUAGCUACCAUCCUUCUCCCUGCUUUAAUCUUCUCUUUACUCUCUGGACCAUUGGCAGAUCGAUACGCAAGGGUAAAUAUCAUGUCUGUCGGAACUGCGAUUUUCGCCAUUGGUUCAGCUAUAGCUGCCGGUUCGAAUAGUUUAGGAAUGUUCGUAGUUGGGAGAGCUAUUUCCGGAUCAGGGGAAGGUUUGUUUUUGAGUCCUGUGGGUGUUUGGUUAAUUGAGAGUGCACCGAAGGAGGUGAGUGAUGGGUUUAGAAGACAAAUCAGUACUGAGGUUCAGAUCGGCGUGGCCGCAGGAUAUUUCACAACGUAUGGAAGUAGUUAUAUACCUAACGAUUGGCAAUGGCGUAUACCGUAUAUUUCUCAAGCUAUCAUGGCUGCGUUUUUAAGUUUCGUGGUUCAUACCAGAUUCGUACCAGAAUCCCCACGUUGGCUCCUACUACGUUCAUCAAAACCUCACACAGCACUCAUAAUCAUCGAAGCUUUCGCACCGAACGCCGCUAGCGCCGAAAUGGAAAAAUCCGAGUUGGUGGUUCGUUGUCAACGUGAGAGACAGGAAAGGGAACGAAAAGCUGCCAUUGUUGAUAGAGAGAAAACGUUAUCGGAGAAAUUAGGUGUGGAUGGGAUGACAGAGUGUUUUCAUAAAGAGGAAAGUAAAAGGUGGAAGGCUGCUUUGGGUAUCUUCUUCCUUGGAAUCCAACAGUUAUCCGGUGUAGACGCAGUGUUAUUUUACGCCCCGAUAAUCUUCACUUCAGCAGGUAUAUCCUCUAAACAAGGUUCUUUCCUCGCCUCUGGUGUGACUGGAAUACUGAUAAUUAGCGCUAUGAUACCAACUCAAAAGUAUUUGGUAGAUAAAGUCGGAAGACGUAUCUUGACGAUUAUAGGGGGGUUAAUCAUGGGUCUCGCUCUAUUGAUCAUCGGUGUUUUGUUCGCCGUCGAACCAGUUGGAAAGAAAUCUGUAGUUUGGGCAGUUGCUGGUCUUAUUUAUAUUUUCAUAGCUGUUUUCCAAAUGACUUGGUCAGCCACUCUGAAAACGUUUUGUAACGAGAUACAACCCAAUUCCACCCGAGCCAGCGUCUCCGCCCUUGCUCAAUGUGCCAAUUGGAUAGUCAACAUCAUCAUAGCCGUCGCGACUCCUCCUUUUAUUAAAUAUUCCCGAAGUGGACCUUUCUUUCUAUAUGGCGCAUGUUGUGUCAUCGGUGGUAUAGCUGGGAUCUUCAUGCCUGAAACUAAAGGUCUCAGUAUGCAAGCUAUCGAUGAUGCUUGGGAUAAGAAAGCCGCUCAAACUCGAUUGAGAAUGAAAAGAAUGAGACGGUUAGUUGGGUUUAGACAUGAAUCAGAAGAAGUUUCAUUGACUGGAGUUCCCCAUUCGGCAUAG